AUGUACAACCAUCCUGAUAGUAAUAAUAUUGGUAGCAAUGGCGUGAUUUUGUCAGAUGGAAAUGAUGUGGUGAUCGCAGAUGAUAUAUCUAACGCAGAAAAAACUUUCUAUUCCAAGAUUGAUGAUUACAAAAACGGUUUAUCAUCGGGUAUGCGUGAGCAGACUAUGAUAACUGUAUCAUACUAUAACAAAAUACUUAAUGCAUUAAAACAAACCACAUCUAGAAAAGAAACUGGUGUAAAUAGCUAUUUCUAUGCAUGGUGUAAAAAGUUUUUCAGAGUUGAUAAUUCAACUGGUGUUGAUUUACUAUGCUCAUCGAGAAAUGGUACUAGAUUGGUUAUAUUAGAGGCGUAUUAUACAAUUCUAAGAGAUGUGCAUGAGAAAACUGGCCAUGGAGGGCGUGAUAAAAUGAGCGUAGAGGUAAAACAGCAUUAUUAUUGGAUUCCAUCAAAAGUGAUUAGUAUUUAUUUAUCCACAUGUGUUGCAUGUCAAAUUAGGAAACCAGUUAAAAACCAUGUGGUGUCAACGGCAAUUGUAUCCCUUGGGUUUUUAACAAGAUUACAAAUAGAUCUGAUUGAUUCAAGAACAAGACCGGAUGGUGAAUUUACAUGGAUCCUUCAUGCACGAGAUCAUUUUUCAAAAUUUUCAUGGGCAUAUGCACUGGAGACAAAAGAGGCUAAGAAUGUGGCUGAGCAUCUAACAUCAUUGUUUUAUCAAUUCGGCCCUUGUAAAAUACUGCAAUCGGAUAAUGGCAAAGAAUUCACCGCGCAGGCAAUCAAAGAUUUGAAAAUAAUAUGGCCAGGUUUAGUGAUUAUUAAUGGUAGACCAGGGCAUCCACAGUCUCAAGGGCUUGUUGAGCGUGGAAACGCAACUCUAUGUGAUAUACUGGGAAAGUUUUUGCAUGAUCGAGGGACCGAUCACUGGACCCAAUGUUUAGGUGCUGUUAUAUAUUCAAUGAACACAAGUUUAGCACGGGGUAUUGACACAGUUCCUUUUGAAAUUAUGUUCGAUCAGAAACCAAGAGUUGAUUUAGCGUUGUGGCAAGUAAUAGUGGAACAAGGGAUGGAGGAUAAGGAGGAUUUACCAGACACAAUUGCUCAUCAACUGACAAGUGAGGGAGAUUUAACAUCUGUCAAUAACCAACCAGCUUCAUCUGCUACAUGUCAUUUAAGUACAUCCAAUAAAACCGAUGAUGUUAUUGAACAGCCACAGUUUGAUGAAUCUAGUCGAGCAAAUCUUGGUUCUCAAAAUUCACAACAUAUGUCCAUCAGAGACAGAGCUGACGAGGUAUAUUUAGCCAAUGCUAACAAACGAAUAACAGCUCAUAAUCGGUGCGUUCAACACUUAUCAGAAAAUUGUGCUGUUGGUGAUUUUAUUGGAGUCAAGAUAGAUAAAGUUGACAGAACCAUUGCCGAUCCAAAACUCUUACCGUGUGUUAUUAUUGAUAAAAAGCAUCAUGACGUUAAAGUUGCAUGUGUAAAUGGAAUAAUCGAUCAAUGGUGGCCUUUAGAAUCAUUAGUUCCUUUAACUACGGUACCUCAAGAAUUACUUGAUUUAAAUCUCAGUGAAUUGAAAGAAAUACCACUAAUUACAGCUUCAAAGCUUUUUGUUCGUAAUGCUCUCAAUGGUGUCACUUGCUCAUGCAAAGCUGAAUGUAAUGAUGAUCCAUUAGGUACUAGUCCAUAUGUUGUUCCUGAAAAUCAGUCAAUUUUAUAUUACAAUCCAAAUGUUCAGUUGAAACCACCUUAUUCAACAUGUUCAUGGGUGCCCGAAGGUUUUACAUCAACUCCGAAAAUAGAUUGUCCACAAGAAGCACAAAAUGUCCUAAUGCCCAGGAUACCCUUAAAUUCAUGUAAAGAUUUAGUGACUUCAACAAUGAGGGCACAAUCGUUGAUUAAUAACUCAAAUUCAGUAAUUUAUUUACAAAAUGUAUCUACCAUUCAUUGUUCAUUAGCAUAUUUUUCAUGUUAUACGGAUUUGGAAAAUGAUAUUAUUCAACAGAUGUUAAAUAAGUUUAAAUGGACCAGUUUUACAUUAGCAUUCGAUGACGUAUCGUGUGAUGUAUCAACGGUAAGCAGCUAUCUUGUGGCCGUAGCUGAUUCUUUAUCACAAAAAACUUUAUUCAAUUUGGUUCGAAAUCUGGAACAUUUAAUUACGGAAAAAGGUGGUGUCAACAUUAAAUUACCCCGUCUAGAAACAUUUCACAUGACUCUUGCUGGUGUAACCUAUCAAUAUUCAUCCGAUUGUAAAAUUGAAGAAUUACGAACAAAAUUAUUACCUACUUUACCCAUGAAAAGGCUUGGAUCAGUAAGAGUUAUGAUUUUACGUAGUGCUUCGAUGACACAAGAUGGUGAGACAGCGAAAUAUCGUCUAUGUGAUUCCGUACUCCAUCUGCCUGAGAAUUUGAUUAAGUACGUAGGUACUCUAACUCUUGCAGCCGAAGUGGCAGCACCUAUUCGAAAUGAAUGUCCAGAAUAA